AUGGAGGACAUGACAUGCGGCUCUGUUCCUGUUCAAGUGGAUGAGGUUUCGCUAUGGCCACCGACAAAAGCCCAGCUGCAGAACCCCAAGGCAAACGCUUACUCCUGGACUGAAGAGCGUGGCGUUCGCUUGACCAUUAAUGAAACCCAGUUGGUGGGGAGCGAUGGGCGGCUGCUGCUCUCUCUAGAAGGUAUGCGAUGUGUUGCCUAUGAGGCCGCUGUUCCUCAGAUCCGCAGGACUGUCCUGAAGGAGCAGCCUUUUAUGAAGAUGGGCUGGAACGUAGACAUCGACAGUCACAUCAGCAAGCCCUGUGAAGUCUGUCGGUCUCGCGGACCUGGUGGCCUUGGCUCCCUGGAAGAGCCCUGGCCUACGGAACUGAUCAACUACACCGCAACCGCGACGUCUAAGCCUGGGUUGGAAGCCCUCGAGGACACUAUUGCUGGGUUUGAUCACGCGACUGCUAUAAACGUUGAUCCGUCGCUGGAGCUCGAAGCACAGGGGCUGAAAGCAGGCCAAUUCGAUCUCAUCAUUCCAGGCACUCUGACCGGUUCCUCAAAACUUGCCUCGUUGCUCGCCCCGGGUGGCCGCAUCGUGCCUGACCAAUACACAUUGUCGUCGCUCGGAAAAGACUUCUCCAUCUUGAACCUGUCCAACGGCUUCGCCAUUGCCACAGCCGUGGCAGAACAGAAGACAAGCGGCAUCAACGGCGUCCGUACAAGGUCUAUCGCCAUUAUCUACCGUAACAAGCCGACCGAAAUUCCCUGCAAACUGGUAAAGGCAUGCAAUGCGCUUGGAUCCUCGCGACUCGCCCGAUUAGCCGACGCUAGCAUUGCUACUUCAGAACAUGUGGUAGUUACCUGCGACCUAGAGGGGCCGCUUCUGUUGGAACUGGAGCCUAACGAGCUUGCCGGAUUGCAGAAUAUUGUCUCCAACACCUCUUCCGUUACUUGGGUCACCUCGGGUGGGCUCAUGAAGGGGGCCACGCCGGAGCAGGCCAUGGCGUCUGACGUCCCUCGCUCGGUGACGUCUGAGAUGGCUUCCCUUGAUUUCACUACUUUGGAUCUGGACCUAGGCAACCCGACGACGUAUUGUGCCAUUAACGAGAUUGACAAGGAGUCGGAAUACUGCCUCGCCGAUGGGCUGGUGUACAUAAGUCGGCUCGUGCCUGACGCUACGCUCGACCAAGAAUACGGGCCACAGAAUUCUAUUCCCAAGGCCACGCCGUUUAAGCCCUCUGAUGAGUUGGUAGCCACGGCCAAAGCAGUAAAGGUGACAUUCUCUCAUGAUGAACAUGACCACCGGACCGUUGGAGCCAACCAAAUCCAAGUUCAAGUCAUGCUGUCUGGUGUCAACAAGGAGGACGUUCUUGUCAUGGAGGGUGCUGACUCACUCACCACAUUUUCGCAUGAAAUCUAUGGAGCUGUCGUGCAGAAAGGGGUUAAUGUUGAGGACAUUAAUGUCGGAGACCGUGUGUUCGGCUUCAGUGCUGACAGACUGGCCACGUUCCAGACCGUCUCGGCGAGCGUGGUGCAGAAGGUUGAACAAGGCGAUGUCCUGGAAGAACUUGUGACGUUACCACUUGCCUAUGCUACCGCAAUACAUGGGCUGACGACCCUCGCGAGAGUUGAGGCAGGGGAAAUUGUCUUGAUUCUCCACGGGACUGGAGAUGGUGGUGCUGCCACCAUCACCACCAGCAAGAAAACAAAGGCACAGACUUGCGUUCAGUAG